CCUAAAAACCUAAAUAAUCAAAACCCAUAUUCUCUCUCUUCAUUCCCCAAAUUUCUUCUCCCAAUCGCUGCAGAAAUACACUCAAAUCUCAGCCAUGGAUAUCAGCGAAGAAGCUUUCGCAGCUCACAAGCGAACUUUCCUCGAUUUCUUAGACCACGAUGUUGGUCAUGGAAUCUACAUGGACACCAUUCGAAAAAUGAUACUGAAUAAGCAACGACGUCGUGUAAUCGUCAACAUUUCCGAUCUUCAUGAUUAUAACUCUGAUUUAGCUCGCAGGUUGUUGAGGAAUCCGACUGAGUAUAUUCAACCAUUCUGUGAUGCGGUGACGGAAGUUACUCGUAGUAUUGAUCCUAAGUUUUUAAAGGAAGGAGAGCAAGUUGUGGUUGGAUUUGAUGGCCCUUUUGUAUCUAGAAGGGUUACUCCUAGAGAUCUUCUUUCUCAGUUCAUUGGUUCCAUGGUUUGCGUUGAAGGCAUCAUCACCAAAUGUUCUCUUGUGAGGCCCAAGGUGAUAAAAAGUGUACAUUUUUGCCCCAUUACUGGCAAGUUUACCUCUAGAGAGUAUCGAGACAUCACAUCCACUACAGGCUUACCUACUGGUUCUGUCUAUCCUACCAGGGACGAGAAUGGAAACCUUCUGGUGACUGAAUAUGGGAUGUGUAAAUACAAAGAUCACCAAACCUUAUCAAUGCAAGAAGUGCCAGAAAAAUCUGCCCCCGGUCAGCUGCCAAGGACUAUAGAUGUAAUCGUUGAGGAUGACCUUGUUGAUUCAUGCAAACCCGGGGAUCGUGUUGCAAUAGUUGGGAUUUACAAAGCUCUUCCUGGAAAAAAUAAGGGAAGUGUCAACGGAGUUUUCAGGACAAUUCUCAUUGCUAACAAUGUGACCCUGUUGAAUAAGGAAGCAAAUGCGCCAAUUUAUUCCACUGAAGAUUUGAAGAACAUCAAGAAGAUAGCUGAUAGACAAGAUAUAUUUGAUCUGCUAGCUACUUCCCUUGCACCAUCUAUUUAUGGCCAUUCGUGGAUCAAGAAGGCAGUCAUUCUACUAAUGCUUGGUGGGACUGAGAAGAACUUAAAAAAUGGAACACAUUUGAGAGGUGACAUAAACAUGAUGAUGGUUGGUGAUCCUUCUGUCGCCAAGUCCCAACUGCUAAGAGCAAUCAUGAACAUUGCUCCUUUGGCUAUUUCAACAACUGGUCGAGGUUCUUCAGGUGUUGGUUUGACUGCAGCUGUGACUUCUGACCAGGAAACAGGAGAACGAAGGCUAGAAGCUGGUGCAAUGGUUCUUGCUGAUCGUGGUGUUAUAUGCAUUGAUGAGUUUGACAAGAUGAAUGACCAGGACCGUGUAGCUAUACAUGAAGUUAUGGAACAGCAGACAGUGACCAUUGCUAAAGCUGGUAUCCAUGCAUCUCUCAAUGCCCGUUGCAGUGUUGUUGCUGCAGCAAAUCCCAUAUAUGGAACUUACGAUCGAUCAUUGACUCCAACAAAGAACAUUGGUUUGCCAGACUCUUUACUUUCUCGUUUUGAUUUGCUAUUUAUUGUGUUGGAUCAAAUGGAUCCAGACAUUGAUAGUUGCAUUUCUGAGCAUGUCUUGCGUAUGCACCGUUACCGCUCUGCACUGGAUGGAGGUGAUGGAACACUUGAUGGUUCACAAUACGGGGGAGAAGAGGAGGCAGAUGCUGGUUCAUCUGUCUUUGUUAAAUUUAACAGGAUGCUGCAUGGAAAGAAGCCACAGAGGGGUAGGAAGCAGGAAACUCUAACAAUUAGUUUUCUGAAGAAGUACAUUCACUAUGCUAAGCACAGAGUUCAACCAGAGCUGAGUGAUGAGGCAUCUGAGCAAAUUGCAAAUGCAUAUGCAGAGCUUAGAAACUUUAACUCGAAUGCAAAGGGUAGCGGUGGAACUCUGCCUAUUACUGCCAGAACAUUGGAAACAAUCAUACGGCUUUCUACUGCACAUGCAAAGCUAAAACUGAGCAGAACGGUUCUGAAAUCUGAUGUUGAAGCUGCUCUUAAAGUUUUAAACUUUGCCAUCUACCACAGAGAGUUGACUGACAUGGAAGAGCGUGAGCAAGAAAGGGAGAAUGAGUCAGAAAGAAAACGAAAAGCUGACCAUGAUGCUAACAACAAUGAACAGGUUCCACGCAAUCGUCGCAAUAGGUCUGGCCAACGGGAUGAAGCUGCCGCAGAAAGCGGAGCAACUGAAGCUAUGGAUGUAGAUGAGCCUCCUGCAGACCAAUCAGAAAUUAACAUUGUGCCAGAGAGAGUUGAAGCAUUUGAUUCUAUACUGGGUCAGCACAUGCGAGCAAACCAUUUGGAUGUGAUAUCCAUUGUAGAUAUUGACAGGGUAAUCAAUGCAGAGGCAGCCACUAGCUACUCAAGGGCGGAAAUAAUGUUUCUUUUGGAGAGACUACAAACAAAUAAUAGACUGAUGAUUGUUGAUGAUGCGGUGCACAUGAUGUAGAGCUUUCUGACAGGAAAAUGUCAAGGCUUUAGGAGGUUGAACCAUUGAAUUAUCACAUUGGGUCAACCGAACAAGCUGUAUCCUGUAUGUUACAUAAUGAUUACAUUAUGAGGCGGGCAGGUGGAUUGAAACUGAUAACAAAGUGUUCAUUGCAGUCUCUUCCAUUGCUUUCGUUAAAGCAACUUAAAAAGCUUAUUGUCAAUUUAAUUUGGUUUGUGACUUUUUUAAAGUAUUGUAAAAUUUAGCUAGUUUAAGUUUUAUUGAGGGUCACAUUGUAGUUAAAUUGUUCCUCUGUUUUAGAAAGUUGUGUUGUAUUAGAAUUAGAUUUGGUUGGAAUGAGUUUUGUUACUUAACUCUUCAUGCAAUGUUUUGCUACAACUAAAUGCUAAUGCAAGGAAUAUAAGACUUCAAAUUGACAGUUUGUGGAUA